AUGGGUGGAAUUCUUAAAAACAAGUCAGCUCUUAAGGAAGAGGAAGAACAAGCCUUCGAUGCUGAAUCAGUGACCGAGUUCAGACAACAAGUCCUAAAAAACACAAGGUUAAAUGCACAAUUGACAAGCAGACAAGGUAGUGAUGGAUCACUCCCAAUUUCUUCGCCGGUCAAGGGUGGCGUCCCCAAAGAUACUCUAUCUUUGAAGCGUGAACAAGAUCAAAAAGAGGCCCUUCAGUGGAAUCAAGUAAAUUUAGACGAAAAUGAAAUCGCAAAGUUAGAGUUUCAAUCUGUUCACGUUGAUGAACCUAAGACGCCGUAUCAAGGAGCAAUAGACCCAAAUGGGGAGUACUAUCGGCAUGACGACGAGGAUGAUCUUGAAAGCUUAACCCUAGGAGAGCCACAAUAUCGUGCCUCAGAACAACCUGGUGAAGAUGAUAUUUCAGAUGAUCAAGAGCAUGAAGAUUGUGAUAGCGUAACUAUUGAUAAACGUAAGAAGUUUGCAGAAAUGAGGAAGAAACACUACGAUGUGAGGGAGGUGUUCAAUAAUCGUCAAAAUUACGGGAGCGAUGAAGAGGAAUAA